CGGAGGCUCGCUGUCCGCAUUUGCCGGGUGUUUCAGGCCUUGGGUGAUGCUUGGGACUCAGUCCUGCAGUAGAAGCUUAUAACAAGUUUGUUUUUUGCAUCGUCAAGCGCGCACUUCAACGCGGUGUUCAGCUAUGAAAGCUUUAAUUAAAGACGGUGUGGUGUACUCCCCCUUUCCGAGCGUAGAGAUACCCCUGUGCUCGGCGUAUAUAAUCGUCAAGGAAGUUCUUGCCAAAAAUCCUGAACGACUGGCCUUGGUCGAUAAUGACGAGCAUCUUACACGACGCGAGUUGUUCCUGCGAAUGCAACGCUACGCUACAGGCUUCCAGCAGCACGGCGUCGCAACGGGUGACCGCGUCUGCGUUCACUUGAGCAACAGCGUAGACAACGUGGCUGCCAUGUACGGCUGCAUAUUUGCCGGUGCCACGUUGGUGCUGGCCAAGACUUCGCUGACAGAAGGAGAGCUACACUAUCAGAUCAACGACAGCAACUGCACGCAUGUUCUGUCGGAUGUCCAAUUCACAGAGAAAGUGAAGAAGACAACAGCGUCUCUACAUCUCAAGGGCUUGUUCGCGAUGGGUGAAGCUGAUGGUUUUGUGUCUGCGGCACCCUUCAAAGACAUGGAAGAAGCAAGCUUCCGGGAAUGUCCCAUUGGAGACCCUCGAAACACCGUGAUCGCUAUUAUCUACACGUCCGGCACAACAGGACUCCCCAAGGGAGUCGAGUUCACACACUACUGCUUCGUGGCCAACCACUGCGUCUCCAAACCUUGCGUCUCGUACGACGAGACUGACAUCUUCUUACUCCCGGCGCCCAUCACUCAUGGAUCCGGCUUCCUCUGGGCAAUGACGACAGUGCUCGAUGGAGCAGUCUGCGUCCUGACGCCACCUCGACUCACUCUGCCGGAGUUUUCCGAGAUAGUCGAGAAAAACAAGGUGACCGCGGCCUUCUUCUUCACGUCUUUCCUGCACGUGUUGUGCGCCGAGAUUCUUCGCACCGGACAGCAGCUGGCCAGCAUUCGUCGACUGGGCGUCGGUGGCGGCAACCUGGCCCAGGCCACGUACGAAUCUGCCUUCAAGGCAUUCGGCAGCCUCGAGUGCCUCGUAAACGUGUACGGCAUGUCCGAAAGUGGCGCCCUUAUCUGUUCGCCCGGCAUGCGCGGCGCCAGGGGCACUGACCUCGGAUAUCCGGCCUGCAUGACUGAGAUCAAGGUAGUGGACAUCGUGUCUCGUCGGAAGCUCGGUCCUAACGAGACAGGGGAGAUUUGCUUCCGCAUGCCGACCGUCAUGCGAGGCUACUACAAACGGCCCAAGGAGACCGCUGAGUUCUUUGAAGGCGAAGGCUGGUGCAAGUCGGGAGAUGCCGGCUAUUACGACGAAGAAGGGCGUUUCUACUUCGUGCAGCGGAUUAAGGAGAUGAUCAAGUGCAUGGACAACCAGGUCGUGCCUGCUGAGCUGGAGGAAUUACUACUGCGAGAACAUUCGCAGGACAUCGCAGAAGUUGCAGUGGUUGGACUCGAGCACGCCGAGUAUGGAGAGGCACCCGCCGCCGCAGUUAUAGUUAAGAGGCGGGGCGACAAAAAUGAACUCCGACUCCUUGCCGAAAGAAUCAAGAAAACCAUCGCAGAAAACCUGGCCGUGCACAAGCACCUUUACGGCGGCGUUUUCUUCCUCGACUCGCUCCCCAAGACAGAGACGUCCAAGGUGAACCGCUCUGUGCUGGCCCAACUGUGUGCUGCGACGGCGCCACUGUGAAGAACAAGACGAGCUCUUUCAGGAGACAUAACCCCUUAGUGGGUCACUGGCACAUCAAACCGCAAUAUGAGAAGAGACACCCGGACCGUUCCCACGAUUUGUGUGAAAGCAGCAAGAGUGGAAGCGGAAAUUAACGAAAAAAAACGGUGUCAUAAUAUUGUUGUAGUUCUUGUCUAUUUUUUUCUUUAUGAUGCACCCUCGCUACAUUAAUGCCCCCUGGGCUCAUGAAGGGAUCUUAAGAAUGAACAAACUUUAGUAAAUAGAACAAGUACACGUUCAAUUCACUUUAAAAUCACAAUACACACAAUCUUGCGAGAAUUAUACCAUACAAACACUCACAGAGCGUCGGUAUACCUCAAAAGCGAACGUUCAGGAUUAGCUAGAUGGGCGCUCGAGAAGUGAAGCUUCUAUCUAAAUGCCUUAUGCGACCUCUGCAUUCAGAAAUGCGCCUUAGUUUGAAGCCCAUGCUUCGGCUUGGUCAAAAGAACAACUACCAUGAAUGCGCCGAACGAAACGCAAUGGGAGUCUUGAGCACGUUCACAACACGCGUUAUCUACACCAAGUCAAACAAGUGCUUCAAGUUAAGGUGCUUUUCUUAAUACCUGGGUAAGAAAACAAAAUAAGAACAAGAAUAAAUUUCGUUUGCAUAUUUCAUUACUAAUACACGGGGAAUUAGUGUUGAAGCAACUCCGAAAAAGAAAUUACGGCAAUGUUAUUUCUGACGAAAUGCAGAUGCCUGUAUAAGCAGAGAGUGGUGAACGCCACCACAACGUUGAAAUUAUUCAGAAAAAGGUGAGCUACAAAGAAGUUAUUAGC